AUUAACUACAAUGACGUUUACUUUUGGUCCUUGAAAAAUUCAUAGUUAGAUUAACAAUAAAUGUGCAAUUAAUUCCCUCAUAUAUUCAUAUCAAAUCAAACAUGAACACCAUUGGUCAUCUUUUUGGCCUAACAAAAGCCACUGAAGUUCUGAUUGUAACUCUUGUUGGAAUCUGUUGUACUAUUUUCGAUGCUUCGAUUUUGGACUUGAAUACCAACUUAGGGAAAGUUUGGUCGGUAUCCCUCGACCCAGAUAAGUUCUCACAAAAUUCCCAAAUGUUUAUCAAGUACCUUUUGAGUGGAAUUGUUUUAGUUCGGACGUUUUCGGUUCAUCUCUAUUUAGCCUUUUACAUUGUCAUGUUAUGGCCUGCAGUUUUUGAAGAACGGCCAAAUCUUCUUCUACCCUGGUUGACUGUGGGUGCAGUAAAGUCUUUAGGGAUGGGCUUCUUUGCAUUUACGGCUGGCAUGUAUGCUUGCUUUGUAUACGGAGCAUGGAGACCUGCUUGCAUCGACUUCUUUUUUGCUCAGAUAAUAGAUAACGCUCCUUCUAUGUACGCCUGGAUAAUUGUCUUAAGUUACUAUCGAGACCUAAAAUCAUUGACCUUUGGAGGUUUGGAAAAAAAUUUGGACAAAACAAAUAACAUACCAGACGAACUGGUUAUUCGUAGAAGAAUGGCUCGUUCUAUCAAUGCGGAUCCUCUAAUUGAUAACAAGAAUGAAAAUUUUAAUAACCGUGUCAGAUCAGAGACGAGUACAAUAGAAUCAAGAUCUUUAGACUCACUUUUGGUAAGAAUUUCGAACGACGGCUAUGUAGAGGGCAACGUGAGCAGUGAGGUAUUUGCACCUUCAGAUGAAGACCCCAAAAUUGUAAAUUACGUGCAGAGAACGAUUAAGGUACUAGACAUUACCGACAGCGAUAUACAAAGAGCCAAAAUGCAGCAAAGGAAUAGAUGUCCAUUACCUUCUUCUGGACAUUUAUUACAACUACUAGACUCUAAUGUCCAAAAGACAGCGAAUGAAUCAAUAUGGAUGAGUCAAGAUGGGGCACUUCAAAGAAAUAGACUACAUGGAGCGGAAGUCUCAAACAAAACUGAUAAAGUCAAAGAAACAGUUGAAAGUUUUCCUCAAGAAUCAACAGAAAUAGAAGACAGUGAAAGCAAAAGUCCUAAAAUGGAAGAAAAGAAAGAAGUGAGGAAAAUAAACGGUAUUCUGGAACGUAGAAGACCCAUACAGAAACAAACGGAGCAACAAAUUUGUAACGAAGAAGUAACAACUGUUAAAAAGCCUUUAACAAAUCCAAAUGAGGACAAAAUUACAGCUAAAAGGGAAAAUUUAAUUCAAAAAGCCGGCACGAUGUUUAAAAUUUUACAUACGGAUGUAGAAGAAGAUAAAAGAUCGAGGUUAACCCCUUCAGCAACAUCUUCACACUAUUUUUCAGGAUCUUCGGUUUUUUCAUAUACGAUGUCCACUUUCGUUCAUCAGUUCGUUAGGGAUAUUGAAUGUGAAGUCGAAAAGAAAGGCAAUUCAGAUAAAGAAAUGCUUAUAGAUGAGUCAGAAAUUUAUACAACCAAUUACGAAAGGGAUGGCUCACAAUUGACAUCCGACAGUGAAAGCGCUGAACUUGAACUUUAUCAUUCAUCCGUCAUGCAUUCAGCAUGUUGUAGUAAAAUAAUUCAACCCGUUGACGGAAUAAUAUAUUUAGGAUUCGAGGGUAAAUGUUACACCACAUCAUCUGGUUAUCCAAAACCGGAAGAGACAAUAAGUAAGACAGAAACACUUACGCAUAAGCAACCAUUGUCAGUUGAAUUGAACAUGGCAUCCCCACAAGAUUUUCUUGAACACUUGAAUCAAGAUGAACCAAUAAAACUCAGAAAAAGAAAUAAAUUGCUUCCCAAAUAUGUCAACGAUGGGUACACACAAGAUUAUUUAAAGAAGCUUUGUAAAACUAAUAUUUUAAAUGAAAAAUCAGUUAAUGAUCAAUGUUGA